GUACUGCAGCGUUAUAAGCACAUUUGUCCUUUUACGCUACGAUCACUUAAAGUGCAUUUAAGAUUGGCCAGACAUGGCAGACGAGGUUCUGUUUGAGUUUCUCCAUAUGGAGAUGGUGUCCCAUGUUUACAAGGAGAGGCAGGCAAAUAAAGCAGAGAUGGACAACAAGGACAGAGCUGUCUGUGUUUCCAUCCUGGAGGGCAUGGGUUUCAGAGUGGGACAGGGACUCAUUGAAAGGUUGACCAGAGACUGUCCAAGCUUUAAGGAUGACCUGGAUAUAAUGAAAUUCAUCUGUAAAGACUUUUGGACACAUCUCUUCAAGAGGCAGAUCGACAACCUCAGAACCAACCAUCAGGGCACUUAUGUUCUCCAGGACAACAGGUUUGCUCUGCUGACUCAGCUCUCCAGUGGGAAACAAUACCUGGAAGAGGCCCCUAAGUAUGUGGCUUAUACAUGUGGUUUGGUGAGGGGAGCUCUCUCUAACCUGGGUCUAGAGAGCAUAGUAACAGCUGAGACGACCCACUUGCCAUCUUGUAAAUUCCAGGUGGUGAUUCAGAAGUUGACCUAAACUCUCUGCUGCCCUUAUGGUCCUGAAUGUAAUAUGAGAGGUUUCUGUUUUCCUUCCUCACCAGUACAACUUCUCGGGGAAUUGACCACCUGCCUGAUUUUCUGAAGCAGGGCCAAAUGAUGUUGGCCAGAUCCUACUUGGCAACCUGUGCCUCAUCACUGGGCAACCCAGCCAGGGCUCGCUAUUGUUUUCCAUUAUUCCGUUUGAGCUAAAACAGUGUUUCCUUGAUUCACUGAUGCGGAACAUUAUUGCAUCUUCUUUCCAGUAUGGAGCAGAUGGCAAAAAAAAAAAAAAAAAAAAAAACAGAAAAAAAAAACCAGAAAAAAAAAUCCCAACAUCAACUCAGCAUCCCCCAGAAAAGGGGUGUUGAAUUGUUCAGUAGCUGUGAACCAAAUAUUGGGAAGGUAAAUUUCAUGGUCUUUGCAUUUACUCGGCAAUGAAUUGCUUUCCUUUUUGCCAUUUUGCAUCCCCCUCCAAAAUUUUACUAACUGUUUACCAGAAGGUGUGCAAAAUGACAGAAAAAAAAACCAGAAGCUGUGACGCUGAAGUGAAAAUAAAGAGUAAACUUCGAAACAAUGUGAUCGGUAGUCUCUGGGAUGGGACAUUGCCAUUGCUUGAUGUUUUGCCCCAGUAAUUCUUUCCCUGUUCUGUUAUACGACCUGAUGACACUGAUCAAACUUAACUUAAUGCUGAGUUUAUAGUCACCAAAAACUCCUUGUUCCUACUUACGAAAAAUCUGUUGUUUUUUUUAGUGAUGUCUCAUCCCAGCGUCAACCGCUGCAAAUAUUUUGUAACAAAUUAUUUUUGUACAGACAAGUUUAUUUAUUGACUUUUGUACAGCAAUGUCAUGUAGAUUUUGGGAAGAACACAGAGUAAGGACAUUUUUGUUAGAUACAUUAAACAACAGUUUCUGCCCCGCUCUCCCCCUUUACCACUUUAUUUGUCCUGCUACUUUCAGUCUACAUGCUUUCACAUGGAGUAAAUGUUUCAGUAUAGAUUAGUUUGGACACAUUCGUAGCUACAUCUUUGUUUAUAGUUUGGUUUCUUGAAUUGUGUUUUUAAGGCCAAAACGAGUCCAGGCCUGCUUCUAGCAAACCCCCUACAUGGAAGGGUUUUUAUGUUUUCAUGGGUUUGGUGAACGGGCAAAGAGGAUUUCUAAUUUCUGUCCUGGCUGCAAAAUAAGAACCCUAAGUAUAUGUUGGUAUUUAUAUGCAUUCAUAUAUCUGGGUGUCUGUGCAGAUUUGCUUCAUGCAGAUUUUGAAUUUUCUCUGAAUGAAUGAUAUUCAUCAAAUAGAGCAAAAGUUCUUCAAAUGGAAUAGUACAAGUUUUUUUUUCUGUUAUGGAAUU